AUGACCCGCCUCAGGCUCAUCCUUCGCGAUGACGGACGCAACCCUGCCGCCUCCGUGAACACCUCCGUGGCCACAAGGCCGCUCGCCUCUCCAACCAGUCUGCAUCGCAGCACCAACCUCGGGCAGUCUGAUGACGAUCAAGUCUCCUCCCCAAAGCGGCCCACCAAGCUCAUAAUCAGAGGCCCACAUCCCUGGACAAAACGCGCAAAGUAUGUCCGCCAACGAGUCUGGAGGGAAUUCCCCAAGCAGAGCUGUGUGGACCUUUUGGAAAGGUUCCUUAAAAAACCGGACCUGACCUCCGACGAACUCGCCAACAUCACCGUGAUCCUCAACCAAGUCAACCAAAAAAUGUACAAGAUGGGGAUCCUCGACGAGCAUCAAUAUCGCCACAUGCUGAUGCUGAAGGACUCGAUCAUAUCUGUGCGCAACAAAUCGGUCUUACGCACCGGUCGACAACAACGACGGGUUAAAGAAAAUGGAAGGACUGAAAAGGCUCGACACGUUGAAUGUUGUCAGUGA